AUUGUUGCCACUCUUUUGCAGCUGCGUGUAUGAAACGUGUAAAAGUGGAGUCUCUCGCGAGAAGAUGCCAACAUCAUGAGAAAAAGUAUGGCCGAUAUGGGGAACCUAUGGGAAGACUUACGACGCCAGGCGCGGCAGCUGGAAAAUGAAAUUGACCUCAAGCUUGUGUCUUUCAGCAAACUGGGAACCAAUUACUCAUCACAAAGAGACUAUGACAGCCUCCCCCCCACUAACACAGCUAACCCCACGGGGGACAGCAGCAAUGACACAGCUCCCCUGCUCAACAAGGCAAGCAGCGAGCACAUGUUUGACACGAUGGCCAUGGAAAUCUCUCAGCUCCUAGCCAAGCUCACAGAGGUAAAUGACCGCAUGGUGGAGUACACCCAGACGAUAUCGGUGUCGUCGCCCAGCGCGACACUGAUGCACACCUUGCAGCGGCACCGCGACAUCCUACAGGACUACUCGCACGAGUUCCAGAAGACGUCGGCCAACAUCAGCCAGAUGAGGGAGAGGGAGGACCUGCUGGGAUCUGUGCGAAGAGACAUCUCAGCAUACAAGAAUUCUUCAGGGCUGAAUCGCAGAUCUGAUUUGUACUUGAAGGAAAAUGAACACAUACGCAAUUCUGAGAGAUUAGUGGAUGAACAGAUAAGCAUUGCCAUAGCAACCAAGGAAAAUCUUCAGUCACAAAGCCGGUUCUUGACCUCCAUCACACAGAAAGUGAAUACACUUGCCAACCGUUUCCCCGUGAUCAACAGUCUGGUACAGAGGAUCAACCUGCGAAAACGUCGUGACUCCAUCAUCCUUGCGCUGGUCAUCGCAGUCUGCAUCAUCCUUCUCAUCCUCUACGCCUUCCACUGACCGGGACUGGGCUCACCACCACCCCUCCCCCACCCUUGUCCACAUGCUGACCUCAUCACAUUUUGUCCUCUAUGUCAUGGGUUACAUACGUGACAUGUACAUUCAGUAAAACUUCUGUUGUACUGUGCCCUCCCUGAGGACCAGCAGACCAGAGACCAUAAGGCUUACUCGCCAAGCAGUUUUGGUUCCCUCUGUCGGGAUAGAAUAUCAUGUGUCCGAAGGUUGUUGAAGCCAUGGUAUGGUAUUCAAGGGAAACUCUCCUGGGAUCAGGGACUUUUGAAAAUGUGUUGCUGAUGAGUGUGUGUGCUUUAUUCAGAAGUACAUACUUCCUGAGGUUUACUGUAUAUAUGUGCCGUGUCGUUAUGGUCAUAGCACAAUAGCCCAAGUCAUUUUUUUUUCUUUGCUGUUUUGAGAAAAACUUUAAAGGACUAUGCCUAACCUAAGUCAACUUUAUGCCAUGUGCAAAGUUAAGAAUGUCUCAGUGAAACUGGCAGUGUUCUAUUUUGAGCUGUUUUCAGGGAAAAGUAAAGUUGGCACACAAAAGAAACAUUACAAGGACACCCUGAAAGUGUUUCUACAGAGCUUCAACAGCAAUCCCUUAACCUGGGAGAAUCUAGCUCUUGACAGACCCAGUUGGUUGAGAGCAGCAAUCACAGAGGGCUGUAAAUUAUUACAUGAGGCUUCACAAAUUAGAGAUGCUGAAGCCUAGAGAGAACCCCCGCAAGCUGCCCCCAUCCACAAGUGGAAAUGAAGCUUUUAAAUGCUGAUAAAUGUAGCAAAUUCUUCUGUGUCAGAAUUGACCUUAUUGGCCACAGCAGAAGCCACAAAUCGUCCCUAGUUUUUUUUAUAUGUCUUUUAUAUCUUCAAAAAAUGUUCUCCUCUGCAAUUAUGCAUUGGUCAUCGUCAGACAGACAUUGAUUGAUGAAGUAUGACAUGAAACAGAACCCUACUAUUGGGAAAAUAAAACAAAUGACAAGCAUUGUAACUGGAAGCCUGAAAAAAGAAAUGACUUGUGUAAUUCUGUUGUGACGAUAACAAUGUGUAUGUCUGGCCACACUGUGCCACCUUCUUGUGAUAUUUCAUGGCAGGGCUCGACCCCUGUGUUACAUUGCCUUUCCUAUAGAGCAGACCUCUAUGCCAUCACCAAAAAAAAAAUAAA